AUGUCAACACGUAGUGAUAGAGAUUGGAUGUACAAAAGGUUAGAUCAUGGGUAUCUUAGCACAGCAUAUCAUGCAUCCGUCAAAGGAUUUCUAGAUGUUGCUUUUUCUAAUGAAGCAACUGUUGAUGGGGAUUAUAUUAGAUGUCCUUGUUUUAAAUGCAAGAACAUGUAUUAUAAAACAAGAGGUGAUGUAGAGCUUCACUUGUUACAAAACGGUUUCACUCCUAAUUAUACAACUUGGUGGGCACAUGGUGAAAGAAAUGCGAUAUCUCAGCAUGAGGAAGAAUCUUCUAAUCCGAUGCAGGAUCCGAUGGAAGAUGAUGAUGAUGAUGUUAAUGGGUGUACACAAAUGUUGAUGGAUGUAAUGGAAGAACUCCCGAAUCCAACUACCAAGGGGUUCUAUGAUAUGUUAGAAGACGCUGAUGAACCUUUGUGGGAUGGAUGUGAAAAUUAUUCAAAAUUACAAGCUGCAACAGAGUUGUUGCAUUGGAAGUCAGAAUAUAAUAUAUUUGAGGCUGCCUAUAAUCACAUACUUCCUAUAAUUAAGCGGAUGCUACCCAAAGGUGAGAAACUAGUUGAGAACUUCUAUGAGACGAAGAAGCUUUUGAAAAUAAUUAGACUCCCAGAAAAAAAGAUUCAUGCUUGCAAAAACCAUUGCAUGAUAUUCUAUGGGGCAGAUUCUGAUUUGACUAAGUGUCGAGUGUGUGAUCAUGAUCGGUACAAGAGUGGCAAACUGCCUUAUCUGGUUAUGAGGUACUUGCCGAUUGCUCCUAGACUCCAAAGGUUGUAUUUAACAAAAAAGAGGGCAAAGCAAAUGACAUGGAACUAUGAACAUCAGACCGAACCGGGUUUGAUGGUCCAUCCAAGUGAUGGUGAGGCUUGGAAGCAUUUCGACUCAACGCAUCCAGAAUUUUCAAGUGAACCACGGAAUGUUCGCGUUAGGCUAUGCACCAAUGGGUUCAGUCCAAAUAACUCAAAUACAACCCCGUAUUCAUGUUGGCCUGUUUUCCUUUCAAUUUAUAACUUGCCUCCUUGGAUGUGCUUAAAAGAACCAUAUGUUCAUUUAAGCAAAGUUAUUCCUGGAAAAAAGAGCCUAGGUCAAAAUAUAGAUGUGUUUCUCAGGCCGCUAAUUGACGAGUUAAAGAUGCUAUAUACAGAUGGUGUUGUGACUUAUGAUGCUUCGACUAAAUGUAGUUUCACAAUGAAAGCUAUACUUCUUUGGACAGUUAGUGACUUUCCUGCUUAUGCAAUGUUAUCGGGAUGGAGCACACAUGGCAAGUUAACAUGUCCGUAUUGUAUGGGCGAGUCGGGGUCAUUUCGGUUACACCAUGGUAGUAAACCAUGUUGGUUUGACUGCCAUCGAAAAUUUUUACCUGAACAACACACAUAUAGGGGUGACAAAAAAGGAUUUCUGGCUAAUAAGGUUGAGCGAUCUAGCCCCCCACCAAUAUUAACCGGUGAUCAGAUUUGGGAGCAAGUACGACACUUUCCAACUGUUUAUGAAGCCAAACCUUUUAGAGCGAAGAAUGCAAAAUUGCCUGGUUUCGGGAUUACUCAUAAUUGGGUUAAGAGGAGCAUCUUUUGGGAGCUACCAUAUUGGCAGAAGUUGUUAAUACGGCACAACCUUGAUCCCAUUCACAUUGAGACAAAUGUGUUUGAAAAUAUUUUCAACACCGUGAUGGACACUCCAAAAAGCAAAGACAACAUGAAUGCAAGAAAAGAUAUAGAAAUGUAUUGCAAUCGAGUGCAAUGGCAUACAUGGAAGAAGGGAAAUAAGGAUAUGAAAAAGAGAUCAUCGUUUGCUUUGAGCAAAGAACAAAUGACUUACAACUCUUGCAAACUACUAUUGUUGAAACCAUUUGCAAGUUGGAAAUUUCCACCUGGAUUCUUUGACUCAAUGGAGCAUCUUGUUAUCCACUUAGCUCGAGAAGCUAUGCUUGGUGGUCCGGUUCAAUAUAGGUGGAUGUAUCUUUAUGAAAGGAAGUUGGGAUCAAUGAAAAGAAAGAUAAAAAAACAUGAAAAGGUUGAGGGGUCCAUUGUUGAGGCUUACAUGAUUGGAGAAAUAUCGACUUUUUGCUCACAAUACUUUCUGCCUACAAUUGAAACCCAGUUGAAUCGUGAGUCGCGUAAUUUUGCUCCAUACAUUCCUAGUUAUACCAUGGUCGACUCUCAAUUAAGCAUUUUCAAAGUUCCAUCUCGAAGAUUAUUCGAAAAAAGUGGUCAACGGAGGCCUUUGACAGAUGAUGAGAUGCGUAUUGCUCAUAAUUACAUCUUGAUCAAUUGUGUUGAGGUUCUACCUUUUUUAGGGUUGUUUGAAAAUUAUGUGAUCCAAAGCCAACCUGAUAUGGAUGAUGGAGCAUUUGAAAGGUUUCAUACUGAAAAAUAUGGUGAUGGACGGGUCACACACAAUAGUGGUGUAUGUGUAAGAAGGACUUGUUACAAUGAGUCUGAGUGUGACUAUUAUGGGUUGUUGGAUGAGGUUUUGGAAGUAGAAUAUCAAGGCAUAGGGAGUUGCGUCGUAGUAUUGUUCAAGUGUAUAUGGUUUAACCUUAAUGAAGGGGUACGUGUGGAUCGAAAGCAUAAUUUGGUUGAUAUUAAAUACAAAUCAAGGCUAAGAAAUGAAGAUCCAUUUAUCCUAGCGUCACAAGUAGAACAAGUGUAUUAUGCACCAUAUCCUGCAAUGAAGGAUUUGAAAGAUUGGUGGGCUGUCGUCAAGACGAAACCAAGGGGUGUAUAUGAUCUACGACAAUGUGUUACUGAAGAAGAUGAUGAUGAGGAUGAAGAAGACCAAUUCUUUCAAGAAAGUGAAGUGACUUUACCUUCUACAGGUAGCGGUGCAAAUGAGGUGGCAGGACCCCUUUCUCAUGUAAUUGAAGGAGAAAUAGAAGAAGUUAAUGACAAUGACAUUGAGAGAGAAGAGGAUGAAGAAGUUGAUGAUAACUUGGAUGAUUCAUCCGAAGAUGAUAUUGAAGAUGAAAACAUAUGUGAUGAUAAUUCUGAUGAUGAGUAA